UCCGGGAGAUGACAUUCAAGAGGAGUUCAAACAUUUCAUCGCGAACCGCUCAAAUUCCGAUGUCGAUGGCGACCCCCUAGUAAAUUUGCAACGUAGGAUUUACGGGAAGGCAGCAGAGGGAGAUGGAGACAACUUGAGUCAGGUGUUGUACAGAGACAAACUUUCCAGAACAUUCAAUUCCAAAGGGUUCGUCAACUUCAGGAAUUUAGCUAAGAUUUCUAGGCCAAAAGAGAAGAAGAUGAAGAAGAAGAUGGGGCGGGAGGAUGAGGAGAGAGACACGAAAAGGGUCGGAAAAUAUGACAUGGUAUUGAUUGAGGUGCUUGAUGCAGAGGUGAGUGAAGAUGGGGACCUGAGUGGGCUAUUGGGGGAUGAGUUCAAAGCGAAGACAUGGCGAGGAUCAACUAGGUUGCUCCUUUUAGACGAGCAGUAUGCCAAUAAAGUGUUAGAUGAAAUGCCUGAUGCAAUCAAGGCAGUGUUUAGAGAACAUGCUGGUAAAGGUGAAAGACCUACUCUUGAGAUUGUUAACUGCAAGUUGACAUUGUUUUAUCCUUAUUGGCUGAUGGAUGAGGUCUUAGAGGCAAUACUUCCCAAAGGGAUGAUUGUUCCUUCUUCCUUUGAAACUGUUGGGCACAUUGCACAUCUGAACCUGAGAGACGAACAUCUUCCAUAUAAGAAACAUAUUGCAAAGGUAGUUUUAGACAAAAACAAGCCAAGGAUACAAACGGUUGUUAAUAAAAUUGAUGUCAUAGAUAAUGACUACAGGACAAUGCAGCUUGAAAUUUUGGCCGGAAACCACUCGCUUGUCACAAGAUUGGUUGAAAAUGGAGUUCAUUUUCAUGUUGACUUAGCAACAGUUUAUUGGAACUCUAGGCUGGCAACUGAAAGGCAGAGGCUGCUUAGUUCAUUUACUCAUGAGGAUGUUGUUUGUGAUGUUUUUGCGGGGGUUGGCCCCCUUGCAAUAUCUGCUGCGAAGAAGGUCAAAUAUGUAUAUGCUAACGAUUUAAACCCUCAAGCUGUUGAGUAUAUGGAAAGAAACUGUGUUCUCAACAAAGUUGAGAGAAAAAUUGAGGUAUAUAACAUGCAUGGAAGGAGGUUCAUUGACACAAUUUUUUCCAGUCAAAAAACUCGCACAAUCACACAAGUAGUAAUGAAUUUGCCAAAUGAUGCUGUUGAUUAUCUAGAUGUAUUUAAAGGACUAUUCAGGAAGAACAACAAGUAUAAGGAGCCUACCUUUCCAAGGAUCCAUGUCUAUGGGUUUUCAAGAGCUCAAGAUCCUGAAUUCGACUUUCAUGAGCUUAUAUUAUUUCCAACAGCGAAUAAGAAUUGCGUUAUCAGAAGUAGGCUUUGAGGUAGAGAUGCGAACUGUACGUGCUGUUGCACCCGGAAAGUAUAUGUUGUGUGCAUCAUUUAUUCUCCCCGAGAAAGUGGCAUUUGGUUGAACUACUUAAGCCAUAUCUGACUGAUCUAGGUGAAGAAUGGUAAGAGCAAUCCUCCCUGACUAAGGCUAGAAAAAGUGAAGAAUAGUUAGAGCAAUUCUCCCUGACUAAGGCUAGAAAAGUACAGGGAAUGACCAAAUCACUCCUCAAGGCUAGAAAGUGAGGGUAUGGCUUCCACACCCUCACUUAAUGAUUUCUUUUGGAAGGGAUUUUUAAAUGGUUUGGAGGAUAUCUUGAUAUGUACGUGUAAUAUAUGUAUGUGUUUGUGUGUGUGUUUGUGUAAUAUAUAUGUGUGUAUAUAUAUAGCAAGAGAGAGAUAUAUAUUAUCAAAAGAAAUUGAAUGAUUAACACAAGAUGUGAUCAUAUAAAAUUCAUUUUAA